AUGGCACCUGAAAUGCGAGGCCGAUCGGUUGAGGAUCGCAUGGAUAAUCAGCAAGCGGAAAUAGAAGUUUUGAAGGAGCAAAUGCACAAACAGUUUCAAGAAUUGACAUGCAAACUAGACGCGAUAUUCGACAAUUAUCGCGAACGUCAAUCGCCCCCAAAUGCAUCAGCGAACCAACAGUCAUCAAGCUUCCGCGAUCAGACAGCAGCAAGAAAUUUGCGCAUUAAGGUUUCUCGUUUUGAUGGGUUGAGCGACCCACAAGGUUGGAUUUUUAAAAUCAACCAAUUCUUUGAUUUUUAUGAGAUGGAGGAAGGCCAGAGAUUGAAGGUGGCCCCGUUUUACUUCGAUGGGAAAGCAUUGGCGUGGUAUCAAUGGCUUAACAAAAAUUCCAGAAUUGUUUCAUGGCCACAAUUUUUGGAAGCUUUGCAAGUUCGAUUUGGUUCUUCAGACAUGGAGGAUUAUCAAGGCAAAUUAGCGAAACUGAUGCAAACUGGGACAGUGAUGGAGUAUCAUGAGGUAUUUGAAAGUUUUUCCAAUCGAGUCGAUGGUUUAUCUGAAUCUUUCCUUUUGAGUUGUUUUGUUUCUGGUCUGAAACCUGAAAUUCAGCAUGAGGUAUCAGCUUUUGCCCCUUCCACGUUAACCCGUGCUAUGGCAUUAGCCAAGAUUCAAGAAUCCAAAUUGGCCCUGAAGAACAACCCACCUAAACUAAAUUCUCCCUUCCCUCCUUUAUUACCAACACCACAACCAAAAACAAACCCAACCACAAUUCCACCUAAAUUCACCACUGCCAAUAACCCUUCACACCAAAACAAACCCAAUACCCAACGCCUUACCCAGAGCCAAAUUCAAGAGCGUAGAGAUAAAAACCUAUGCUUCACUUGUGGUGACAAAUAUUUUUUCGGUCAUAAGUGUAAGGCCUCUGUGCAUAUAUUAAUUGUGCCAGAUGAUGAAGCAGUAGAAGAAGAUAUUGUACUGGAGGAUACUGGCACAUAUUCAAAAGCAGAACCAGCCACAUUUGGGGGUGAAACAACAACUCCUCAAAUAAGUUUUCAUGCUUUGGCUGGUAUGGUCGUACCUCAGACUCUACGGUUUAAAUGUCAUAUUGGUAAAUCCGAAUUCUCCUUGUUAGUGGAUGGAGGGAGCACUCAUAAUUUUCUCCAACCGAAGGUUGCAUCUAUCCUUGAAUUGCCAAUCACUGCUGAUCGAAAGUUUGAAGUUAUGGUUGGAAAUGGACAACUCCUCCAAUGUGAAGGUUUUUGUCCAGCAGUACCGGUUCAAAUUCAACACCAUGUUUUUUUGGUCGACUUUUAUGUGUUGCCCAUUCAGGGAGCUGACAUGGUUCUUGGUGUUAAAUGGCUGCAAAUUUUGGGACCAGUUACCUUGGACUACAGCAGGCUGACCAUGGAAUUUUUGUGGAAGGAUGAAACUAUCAAGCUCAAAGGGGAAUCACAUACCAGUCCUAUUUCCUUGAACCAAUUUAGACGCAUCCAACAAAAAGGUCAAGUAGCAUCAUUGUUUCAAUUAUCAGUGAUCAACCCUGCUACUGUGGCAACAUCAUCAUCUUCAUCACAUCCUCAGGUACAACACCUUCUAACAGAAUUUGAUUCAUUAUUUCAAGAACCUACUGAUUUACCACCCCACCUCCAAAUUGAUCAUGAAAUACAUCUUCAACCACAUGUUGUUCCUGUUAAUGUCAAACCCUAUAGAUAUCCCCACUUCCAAAAAGGAGAAAUUGAAAAACAAGUGGCUCAAAUGCUUGAUUCUGGUUUUAUUAAGAAUAGCAUUAGUCCAUUCUCAUCUCCUGUAUUGCUAGUAAAAAAAAAAGAUGGUACUUGGAGAUUUUGCAUUGAUUAUAGAGCCUUAAAUAGCAUUACCAUCUGA